AUGGCUCGCGAUAGCAUUGUGGUCCUGGGCGCCGGCAUUAUCGGGCUGAAUGUCGCCCUCGAGCUGUCAAAACGUGGAUACGGACGUCAUGUCACGGUGAUAGCGAAGCAUUUGCCUGAAGACUCCCAUGUCGACUAUACCUCACCUUGGGCUGGUGCGAAUUUCUCGGGCGUUUCAGGCAACGACGCCAAUGCCUUGCGAUGGGACAAGGCAGGGUAUCUGACUCUGAUGCGACUGAUUGACGAACAAGCCGAGGAGGCGAAAUUCCUCAAGAAGACGGAGUCGAUUGAAUACUGGGACGAGGAACCGUCAAUGGACAAGAUCCGAAGUGUAACCGAGUACCUGCGGGAUGUUCAAGCAAUCCCGAAAGGAGAGUUGCCACCGAACGUCGCGUUUGGUCUGCGCUUUACGACCAUCACACUGAACGCACCAGCCCAUUGUCGCCACCUGCAGUCUCUCCUUUCACAGCCGAGAUACGGCUCAGUACAAUUUGCUCGACAGGCAGUAACAACGCUAGACAAUGCCUUCCUGUCAUCAAACACUAAACUUGUAUUCAACUGUAUCGGAAAUGCCGCGAAGGCACUUCCCGGCGUCAGCGACCAGAAGUGCUAUCCCACCAGAGGCCAGAUAGUUCUGGUAAAAGCACCCCAGGUCAACCAAAACACCAUGCGCCACGGGAAAGACUACGAGACAUAUAUCAUCCCGCGGCCUCUAUCCGACUCGACGGUAAUUCUCGGCGGAUACAUGCAAAAAGGCGACAGAGAGAGCAAAGUCCGCGACGAAGAAACACGGUCGAUUUUGCAUAGAACGGGAGAAUUGCUACCGGCGCUUAAAUCCAACGAAACACAGGUUCUUAAGGUUGCAGUUGGGUUUCGGCCGUCGCGAGAGGGGGGAGCUCGAGUGGAGAGAGAGCAGUUCAAUGGGCGAACAGUCGUGCAUAACUAUGGAGCUGGAGGUACUGGAUAUCAGGCUGGCAUGGGGAUGGCGCAGGACGCAGUCGGUCUGGUACAGGGGGAGCUGGACAUGUUGCCGAUGAGCAAACUGUGA